CUCACACGUCAUUGUUUUUCCUCAGAUGACUUUGGACAGCGUGCCUUGGUGGGUAAGGUGUGCAUGGACAGAAACAAUUCUGUGAAACAUUACAAGGAAACCAGUCAGGAGUCUCAAGAAGAAACCUGCAGGUUCAUUGCAGAGCUCUUAAACAAAAAGUACCCACGGGUAAAGCCGGUAGUGACUCCACGCUUCGCUCCAUCCUGCACAGGAGCCUUACUAGGACAGCUGGGAGCGAUCGCUAAGAAUAACAACCUGCACAUUCAGAGUCAUAUCAGCGAAAACGUUGAGGAGGUGAAGCUUGUAAAGGAUAUGUUUCCUGAAUCAGAGUCUUACACACACAUCUACCACAAAUACAACCUGCUCACUGACAAGACAGUGAUGGCCCAUGGCUGCUACCUCUCCGAUGAAGAGUUGAAUCUGUUCAGAGAGACAGGAGCCUCUUUGUCUCAUUGUCCCAACUCCAACAUUUCGUUGUGCAGUGGUAUUUUGAACGUCCGCAAUGUCCUGAAACAUAAAGUGAAGCUGGGGCUCGGAACAGAUGUUGCAGGGGGUUACUCUGCCUCCAUGCUGGACGCUGUGAGGAGAGCUCUCGACUCGUCCAAAGUGUUGACCAUCCAGGACCCGGAACACGAAACACUCACCUUUGAAGAGGUGUUCAGACUGGCAACACUGGGAGGCAGCCAAGCCUUGUCCAUGGACGACCAAACAGGGAACUUUGAAGUGGGCAAAGACUUUGACGCUCUGAGGGUGAAUGUAGCUGCUCCUGGUGGACCCAUGGACCUGAUCCAGUCUGACGCACCAAAGAUCCUUUUGGAGAAGUUCUUGAAUUUGGGUGAUGAUCGAAACAUAGUGGAGGUGUUUGUCGCAGGCAGGAAGGUGGUUCCUUUCACAGACAAAAAUGAGUAAACACUUGGAUCAUCUGCUCACCUUCACGCGUCUCACUGCCUAAAACCCACCAGGAAACUUAGCUUGAAGAGGACUGAACAACUAAAACACAUCAGUGAUAAUAUUUGAGCAGCUGCAAACGACCCAUGCUUCAUACAUUUUGCUGCUACACACUUCCCUUUAGACAUUGUCACAUUAAACAUUAUACUGUUAAAUCCUGAAGAUUUUUUAAAUUAGGUUCAGUGAGGGUCAUGAAAGACUUUGGUCAGCUGUGUUCAAAUUCUGUCUUCUCCAAGUCUUAAUGGCUGAUUACAGGAUUUACCACAGGAAAUAAGGGACUUAUCAAGAGCUGUGAACCUUUCCCGUUAUCUGUUAGUCAUUGCAGCUAGUUGGCUUGUUGCUAAUUCUAUAUUUUAACUGAACUAUCUGAAAAAAAAUCUGAUCUUUUGCUUAUUUGUUGUAGGCUUUGUAGUUUUAUUUACGUAAAUCUUUCACUUAAACUAGCACAUUUAAAAGAACAAGUGGACUCCAGAGUGUGUGACUUAUUUUCUAUUUGAUGUGGAGAUGACAUUGUUGCCUUAAGAAAUCAAAACAUCCUAGAAGUUCAAUCGGAAUGUCAGACUUUGUCCUGGUGUUGUAAAGGUGCGCCGUGUAGCUGCGGUGCCUCGCCUUAGUUAGUCAUCUUUAGGACAUUGCUUUUGUUGCUGAGAUUGUUUUGAGAUUGUUUUGAACAGAACAGAAGACCUCAGUUCUACUCACUCAUCCAGUUUUAAUAGUGCACUCCUAUCUUGUGUUUGAAAAGACAAAGGCACAUGAUCAUAUUCUAAUCUCUAAUGCACAAAUGGGGAUCUAUCUUUAUCUUUAUCUUUAUCUUUGGUUUCACUUUAACUCACUCAGUUUCUCAUGAAAUUAAAAUCAUGUUGCAGCAGUAUGUCUACAGCUAUUGUCUUAAGAAGUUACUAUUAAAAACAAAUUUAAACUUACUUUGGAUUUUACAUUUUUACUUCAAAUCCCAUUCUGAUUUGAUUAAGUGGAAAGUCAAAUUUUACUUAACUUGGUGCCUUAAGAUCAAAAUCAUUUAACUUUCUUACGACUGCUUUAUGGCUGACAUUGUUUUUCUUUUUAGCUCAAUGUAGAUUUUCCUCAAUGCCACAAUAUAUUUUUAAUGAUGUAAAUGUAAAUCAAUACAAUGUGUCUUAUGAAUAUUUGCUAGAUGAAGGGGAAUUAAAUGCACUGAUUGCUGAAUAUGUGUUUGUCUUUUGUAAAUUAAAAUGUAUUCAGACAUAA